AGCAUUUUCAUACCAGUACACUGAAUUUUAAAACUUGUUCAUCAAAUAUAAGCAUACAAAAAAAGGACACGUAGGAAGGAAUUUUUGCCACUCCAAGGUUUCCAUCUCAUUUACCAACAUUAAACGUGCAAGCUAGUUAUUUAUAUACUUGCUAAUUCCAACUGCUUUUUGGUAAAGGGUUAAAAAUUAAAUGACGGUCAACGUAGUUGAGGAAGCAAAAAAGAAAGUUGUUUUAUCUAGCACAGAAGCAGAAACAUUUCUAUCCAAAAUUGACAAACGUUGGGAGCGAUUAGUUCAAUUGGUAGGCGAUUAUCGGCCAGUGGUAAAACACCCAUCCAAGGAGCCAUAUGAAGAAUUGAUUCAAGCCGUUGCGGGCCAACAAUUGCACAAGAAGGCAGCUGACACUAUAUUUGAACGAUUCAAAAAGCUAGGAGUCGAUGGCCAUUUUCCUUCUCCUAAAAAGAUAGUAGAAAUGGAUGCGGAGACUUUACGGUCGUGUGGAUUUUCCGCUAGAAAGGCAGAAACCAUACGUAGCAUUGCAGAAGCAUCUCUUACUGGAACCGUACCGUCUAGGAAAGAAGCAGAAACAUUGACAGAUGAAGAUCUGAUCGAAAGAUUGACAAAAAUAAAAGGAAUCGGUCGAUGGACGGUGGAGAUGUUGCUAAUUUUUUCCCUCAAUCGACCAGACAUCAUGCCAGCAGACGACUUGAUUAUCCGGAAUGGAUAUAGAUACUUACAUGAUUUGAGAAGUGUACCUACCAAAAAAUAUGUUUUGGAGCAAAGUGAAGUUUGUGCUCCAUACCGAUCAAUCGCUGCUUGGUAUCUUUGGAGGACUGCAAAGCUACCUGACUAUGUAAAAGUGAAUUCCAAGCUUACCAAGCUCAAACGCUCAGAGACCUUGUAGUUGUUCUUCCGAAAAAAGCCGUUUUAAUUUUUGUCUUGUCCAUUAUAUUUAUUACAAUUAUAGAAGCUUAUCCGGAAAUAAUUUCUAUAUAGGCAAAUGAAACCAUUUUUAUUAUCGUUUUGGAUAUGCAUAAUGGCAAUCAUCCAUCUUGUAAAUGAUAUUGAAUAACCAC